AUGGAGGCUUGGACUCAGUUCUUCAUACGAGCCGGUAUCCCAAAGGAAAUCGCUCAAAAAUAUGCAAAAACGUUCCAAAAUAAUCGAAUCACUAAAGAAAUGCUUCCGGAACUUGACAAAUCGACGCUCUCCGAGUUGGGAGUCACUGCGAUUGGAGAUCAACUCUGCAUUCUUCGCCGCAUCAAGGCAGCAAAAUCAGCCAUCGAGCGUGGAAAUGACGACGUUGACGAAGUAGAAGCACCUCCGAAAGCCGCCCAGAAAGCGAGAAUCACAGCGCCAAACUCGGAAUUCUCACCAGCCAGCGAGCAUCGUCGUGGCAAACCGCCACCGGAUCGUCAUGAGAUAUAUCAUGUCAAAAUGCCAGUGGGCAAUACUCACCGGACUCGUCAAAUAAUGCGAAAAGCUGAGGAAAUGAGAGAGCAAGGUCUAGCAGUUCGUGGAACCACCGGUGUCCGUCAGGGUGGUCGUUCGGUGUCGCCAAUUGAUAAGAGCAGUUUGGCAGCGAGAAUGCAGAGAAAACAAAUCGCAGAGGUCUCGUCUUCAACGGAUCGACGAGGAUCCAAAAUCUCCAGAAUCGCUCCAUCAGGCAUUAAGAAAACUAUAUCCAAUCGCCCUUCCCUCACCUCUCGUCUAACACACACUGGCCCAACUGGCUCCAUGCGAAUUCACGUGGAUCCCAAGAAGACAACAUCGUCUCGGAUAGAAGGACGUCUUCAGAAGGUCGUCUCCUCUAGAAACAAUACGGAAUCUUCUGGAAUAUUCAUUGGCGAUGAGGAGGACUACGAGAUGGAUGGCCUGUUGGAUUAUCACGAGGAUGAUGAGUUGCCAUACGAAGAAGUGGAAGAGGAGUAUGAAGAAGUGGUCACCGUUCCAGUUCGCUCCAGAAUCUCAUAUGGAGAAUCGGAUCGGAUUCGAAGCACCGUCACUCUUCCAGCUUCUUCUCAUCACCAACGCCAUCAACGUCGUCACGCCGUCAGAAUGUCAUCGCCACCACCACCGCCACCACAAUCCACAAUUUUCGAUCGAGUUACGUUCAACAAUCAGCGGCGUUAA